AUGGGCAUCCUGAGCCCUCGCGGUGGAAGUGACUCCCAUCCCCCCAGUCGAUGGCGCCAUCGUGCUUCAUUCACCAGUACCGGCCACGAUGCAGAAGAUAUCACAAGCAGUCCUGAUCUCCCGGUGGAGGAGCAGUCGAAUAUCGACACCUCAUCGAGAGUUGAACCGGUUGCUACCUUUGGCGGCUCGAGUUGGAGAACACCCGGGCGAUCGUAUUUUCACGGCUCAUUCCGCCAGUCCCCUGAUAUAGCGCAAUACUCCUCUCAAGGCCUCCGGGAACAAACCGCCGAACUCGCCUCCUUUGCUCUCUCGCUGAACGGCAAAGCGUCCCCCGUUUCUGCCGGUCCUCUUCCGCCGCGCCUGGAUAUCUUUCGCCCAGACCAGCAGUCAAUCGGCAAGGUAUCUGACGCGGGGGAAAGCUCGGAGCCGUGGCCAAUCGCGGGUGCCACCGGUGCUGAAUCGCUGACGGGUCCGUUGACGGGGACCUCGGCGUUGACAGAGAUGAUCCGCAAGCCCUCAGAUGAGUCCCUCAAUGCGGAGGUCCAGAAACACGGUUCAUAUGAUCCAGGCUCUGAGGCACAUGUGCUUCCUUCAGAAGAAGAAGCAGAAGAAGAGGCGGUAGGAGAGAGGGGAGAGGAGGUUAACGAACAGACGCUACUCCUGCCGAAGAAGGCGGUCCAUUCAGCAGAUACCUCGCGUAACUAUGGGCUUACAGCUGAGGAUGAUGUUGAAUGCCAGGCCCCCUCGCACAAAAGGAAAACCCCUACCACUCUCAUGAAAGUUGCUACGUGCGCGCGCCUCGUGUCCAAUCCCAAAGCCUGGGACAGACGCAGCAUAUGGCAGCACGGGGUGAUGUACCCCAUCAGCCUUGUACCCGCCGUCCUCCUCGGCCUCCUCCUCAAUGUCCUCGACGCUCUUUCCUACGGGAUGAUCCUGUUCCCGAUCGGGGAGCCGCUCUUUGCCGACCUCGGGUCGGACGGCAUCUCCAUGUUCUACGUGAGCUGUGUGAUCUCGCAGCUGGUCUUCUCCUGCGGCGGGUCUAUCUUCAAGGGCGGCAUCGGCAGUGAGAUGAUCGAGGUGGUUCCCUUCUUCCACAAGAUGGCCUUCACCAUCUUGGCCACGGUGGGCGAGGACAACCCGCGCGCCGUGCUGGCGACCACCAUCCUCGCCUUCUCAGCCAGUUCCGUCCUGACGGGCCUGGUCUUCUUCUUGAUGGGCACCUGCCGGCUGGGCUCGCUCAUCGGCUUCUUCCCCCGGCACAUCUUGAUCGGAUGCAUCGGCGGCGUCGGCUGGUUCCUCAUCGCAACGGGCAUCGAAGUCUCCGCUCGCCUACCCGGUUCGCUAGAGUACACGCUGCCGACCGUGCAGAGGCUGUUUGCACUCGACACCUUUCCGCUCUGGACCAUCCCCCUGGGCCUGGCGGUCGGCCUUCUCGUCCUCAAACGCUUCGUGCAUUCGAACUUCCUCGUCGGCCUGUAUUUCAUCGCCGUCGCCGUCGUCUUCUUCUGCGUCAAAUUCGUCGCCAAGAUCCCCAUGGAUACGCUGCGCGAGAGCGGUUGGGUGUUUGCCGCCCCGUCCUCCUCCAAUCCCUGGUAUCAUUUUUACACCCUGUACGAUUUCUCUGUCGUCGACUGGCAGGCUUUGCUCGACACCGUCCCCGCCAUGUUUGCCCUCACCUUUUUCGGCGUCCUGCACGUCCCCAUCAAUGUUCCCGCCUUGGGUAUCUCGACCGGUGAGGAUAAUCUGAGUGUAGAUCGGGAGCUCAUCGCCCACGGUGUGACAAAUGCCUUGUCGGGCUUUGCGGGCAGUAUUCAGAAUUACCUAGUCUACACCAACAGCCUUUUGUUCAUUGACAGCGGUGGAAACUCUCGAUUGGCCGGGAUCAUGCUCGCGGGUGCUACGGCUGGUAUUCUCGUCAUGGGCCCGGCCAUCGUGGGGUUCAUUCCAGUCAUGGUGGUCGGGGCUCUCAUUUUCAUGCUGGGGAUCGAGUUGAUGGAGGAGGCUUUGGUGGAUACCUGGGGGAAGUUGCACCGGCUGGAGUAUUUGACAGUGGUUAUCAUUGUGGUGACGAUGGGCGCGUGGGACUUUGUAGUCGGGAUCGUGGUUGGGAUCAUUCUCGCGUGUGUGAAUUUCGUGGUGCAGACAUCACAAAAGCCGGCCAUCCGGGCGACGUAUUCCGGGCAGAUCGCACGCUCGACGGUGCGGCGGCCGCCUAUCCAGCAGCAGUAUCUGAACGAGGCGGGCCAGCAAACCCUCGUCCUCAAACUGGCGGGCUAUCUCUUCUUCGGAACGAUUGUCAAAGUGGAAACGACGAUGCGUGGCUUGAUCGAGGAGGAGGCGUUCGACAAGCGGCCCAUUCGCUUUCUGAUCCUCGACUUCUCCCAUGUAUACGGCAUUGACUUCUCUGCCGCCGAGGCGUUCACCCGCAUCAAUCGGAUCCUUCGCAAACGCAACGUGCAGGUCGCCAUUUCCGGGCUGGACGUCGGAGGGGAAGUCGGCCGCAGCCUGCAGAACGUCGGGCUGAUCCAUCCGAGCCACGGCGUGGUGGAUAUUUUUGAGGAUCUCAACUCGGCCCUCGAGUUCUGCGAGAACGAGUACCUGAAGGUAUUCUACAGUCGUCGGGAGACUUUCUUAAAAGACGGGCGCCCUAGCACCACUACAACCGUUCAAGUCCCCGUCCAUCCCUCUUCUUCUUCUUCUUCUGCUGCUGCUGCUGCUGCUGCUGCUGCUCAGAUCUCUACUGCAGACUUCCUGGUCAGCUCGCCACGCCGCCGGUACCUGCAGCAGGUCGCGACGACGACCCUCCGCGACGCCGACACCGCCGCGGUGACCAUCCCGCCGGCAUGGUCGGCGAUGCGGCAACCGUUGCCCUUACUGCUGCAAACCUUCCAAGGCCUGACGACGCGCAACGAAGACUUCUGGUUCCCGCUCUGCGCGUAUCUCACGCAACAGACCUUUCCGUCGGGUACCGUGCUGUACCAUGAGGGCGAGGUGCCGCAAGCGUUCUACCUUCUCGAAUCCGGGAUGCUGCGCGCCGAGUACGACACGCCGCAGGGGCGAUACUUUGAACGCAUCGUCGCGGGGGGCCCGUGCGGCGAGCUCCCUUUCUUCAGCGCGACGCGGCGGACCGCCACCGUGAAAGCAGAGCAGGACUGUCAUGUUUGGGCGCUGGGGGCGGCGCAAUGGGAGGCUCUGCGCGAGGCGGAGCCGCUCAUUGCGCGGGAAUUGUUGACCGUCAGUUUGAAGUUGACGAGCGAGCGCAUGGAAAGCAUCACGUCGUGA